AUGGGGACCACCGGAGUUGCAAGCAGCGCCGGCACCUCGGUGCUGUUCAACGAGAAUGGCGACGCCCCCGGACGCUACGACAUCUUCCAGUACCAGCUCACCAACACCAGCAGCCCCGGCUACAAGGUCAUCGGCCAGUGGAUUGACCUGCUCAAACUGGACGUCCACGCCAUGCAGUGGGCGGGCGGCUCGCAGGAGAUCCCCGUGUCGGUCUGCUCGCUGCCCUGCUUCCCCGGCGAGCGCAAGAAGGGCGUCAAGGGCGUGCCCUGCUGCUGGCACUGCGAGCAGUGCGAGGGCUACCAGUUUCAGCUGGACGAGUUCAACUGCCAGCUGUGCCCCUACGAUCGGCGCCCCAACGAGAAUCGCACGGGCUGCCGCGACAUCCCCAUCGUCAAGCUCGAGUGGCACUCCCCGUGGGCCAUCAUCCCCGUGUUCUUCGCCAUCCUCGGCAUCGUCGCCACGACCUUCAUCUUCGGCACGUUCGUGCGCUUCAACGACACGCCCAUCGUGCGCGCGUCGGGGCGCGAGCUCAGCUACGUGCUGCUCACGGGAAUCUUCCUCUGCUACGCGAUCACCUUCCUGAUGAUCGCCACGCCCGGCGUGGUGCUCUGCUCAUUCCGCCGCCUCUUCCUCGGCCUGGGCAUGUGCAUCAGCUACGCGGCGCUGCUCACCAAGACCAACCGCAUCUACCGCAUCUUCGAGCAGGGCAAGAAGGCGGUGACGCCGCCCAAGUUCAUCAGCCCCACGUCCCAGCUCGUCCUCACGUGCAGCCUCAUCUCGGUGCAGCUGCUCGGCGUGUUCGUGUGGUUCGGCGUCGACCCGCCGCACAUCAUCGUGGACUACCACGAGCAGCGCGCGCCCGACCCCGAGGACGCGCGCGGAGUCCUUAAGUGCGACAUCUCCGACCUCUCCAUGAUCUGCUCGCUGGGAUACAGCAUCCUGCUCAUGGUGACCUGCACCGUGUACGCCAUCAAGACGCGCGGCGUGCCGGAGAACUUCAACGAGGCGAAGCCCAUCGGCUUCACCAUGUACACCACCUGCAUCGUGUGGCUCGCCUUCAUCCCCAUCUUCUUUGGCACCGCGCAGUCCGCCGAGAAGAUGUACAUCCAGACGACGACCCUCACCAUCUCCAUGAGCCUCAGCGCCACCGUGUCGCUGGGGAUGCUCUUCUUCCCCAAGGUCUACAUCAUCGUGUUGCACCCGGAGCUCAACGUCCAGAAGCGCAAGCGCAGCUUCAAGGCCGUGGUCACGGCCGCCACCAUGUCCCAGAAGCUGUCCCAGAAGUCGGGCGAACGCCCCAACGGUCAGGCGAAGACGGAGAUCUGCGAGAACGCUGCCGAGCCCAACACCGACCCGGGAAAGAAGGCCACGUACAUAAACUACAGCAACCACACGGGUUAGACGGCGACAGACAAGAGGAUGUGAACGGGGGUCGUGGGAGGGGAAGGGAGCCAGUGAGAGAGAUGACCCCCUGCCGAAGCCAAGCACAUCCCCAAAAAAAAGUUUACAAGAAAGGCGAUAAAGGCUCCGCGCGUGGUCUUGGAAUCUAAAGCGAAAACAAAACAAAAAAACUUUGCGCUCGACUCUCGGCCAAUCAAUCACUCGGCCGAUCAAUCACUCAGCCGAUCAAUCACUCCAAUCAUCAUCGACAGCUGCAACCUCCUCCACCUCCCAAGGUGAGGUGGGGGCCUGGGCCUGACUAGCUUCGCACACCUGGGUGGUGGCGCGCUGACGGAAGGUUCCGCUUUAGCCUUGAAUGAACCCUGGAGUUCAUUCAGAAGAAUGAUACUCCUACUACUACUAAAACAACUACUAACAACAACAACAACUGCUAACGACAUCAACAACAACUUCAACAACGACGAUGGCGACGAAGAAAAAAAACACUUUUACAAAAAAAAAUCCGUGCAAUGACGUUGCUAUUUCUACGUUGCUCGUGUCACGUGCACCCGCGCGAGUCUCUUCUCCUCCACGAGAGGAGGAGGAGGAAGAGGAGGAGGAAGAGGAGGAGGAUGAUGCACGCGGAAGAGAGAGACGGUGGCGAUGUCGCCAUGAUGGCUGGGUUCCCGUGGGUCACAAUGAGAUAACGCAACAACAACAACAACAACAACCGUGGGUCACAAUGAGAUAAAGCAACAACAACAACAACAACCGUGGGUCACGAUGAGAUAAAGCAACAACAACAACAACAACAACCGUGGGUUACAAUGAGAUAAUGCAACAACAACAACAACAACCGUGGGUUACAAUGAGAUAAUGCAACAACAACAACAACCGUGGGUUACAAUGAGAUAAUGCAACAACAACAACAACAACCGUGGGUCACAAUGAGAUAAUGCAACAACAACAACAACCGUGGGUCACAAUGAGAUAAUGCAACAACAACAACAACCGUGGGUCACAAUGAGAUAAUGCAACAACAACAACCGUGGGUUACAAUGAGAUAAUGCAACAACAACAACCGUGGGUCACAAUGAGAUAAUGCAACAACAACAACAACAACCGUGGGUCACAAUGAGAUAAUGCAACAACAACAACAACCGUGGGUCACAAUGAGAUAAUGCAACAACAACAACCGUGGGUCACAAUGAGAUAAAGCAACAACAACAACAAGAACCGUGGGUCACAAGGAGAUAACAGCAGCAACAACAACGGUGGGUCACAAGGAGGUAACAGCAGCAACAACAACGGUGGGUCACAAGGAGGUAACAGCAGCAACAACAACGGUGGGUUACAAGGAGGUAACAACAACAACAUCCGUGGAUCACAUUGAGAUAACGCAACAACAACAACAACCCAACAGGAGUUAAAGUGAAAACAAAAUAGAUUUGGUGGAAAGAUAUUUUUUCAAAAACCACACCAACAAAGAAUCCUCCUUUGCAGCGCAACCUGCUCGCUUCUCUCUCACCCCCCCCCCCCUCCUGCUCCUCGCGAAUUCACGGCAGCCUCUAUCGCCGGAGCGGAGCGAACAAAGCUGGGGAUGGUGGUGGGACCACGUGAGCAGCCGGCCGCCCGCUGCUUCGCUCGUCUCGAAGAUUUCGCUCGCUCGCGAUGCUGUUCAAGACUGAUGGAGAGAGGUCGGGGAAGUGGCGGCGGUGGGUUGUGGGAUGGGGUUUUGGCGGUGGGUGGUGGGUGGUUGGUGGUAAAGAGGCGUGAAAACGAAGGCACACGAAUGGAAAAAAAAACGUUCUCCAGCUCGAACUUGCAACGCCGGAUUUUUGUUACAUUUUCUGCGUUACUUCCGUUUGAGGCGAUAACCGAUGGAAGUUCUUUUGGAGAGAGAGAGAGAGAGAAAUAAAAGAUUUUACUCCAGAGCAGCGCGCGCUGGGCCGUCAACAAAAGGCAAACAUUUGUUACUGAUAUAGAGCAACCGCAUUGCAUUGGGGUGGUGGUGGCGGUGGUGGAGUUUUGGGCGCGAAGCUUCUAAUGUGGAGGAAGAUGCUUGAGUCAAAGGAUGUUUGUCAACAGGGGGGAUAUUGAAACAAAUAUAUGAUUAUUACACGAUUAAAGGGGUAAGAGAUCAACAGAGCGAGAGAGACACUCUAUAUCCCAGUGUAAACAGCAUCCGUUUACAUCACCCUGCCUGAACCUCGUGAUGUCGUCUGUGACCUCAUUUUAAAAAGGUAUUGAGUCGAAAUUCGUUUCCGUUGCUUCCUCGAGGUGCCCGAUUGUCAAAAAUGCCAGUUCCUUUAAAGUCGCGAUCCGCUCACCAGAUUGUUCCAAGUUUCUCCAAUUUAAACGGGACACAAACGGGGGGGGGGUGGGGCUGUCCUGGCUUGAGCGUGCGAGAAAGCGAGACGAAAAAAAGAGAGAAAGACCAGCUAAUGUGGAAAUCUGGACUGGAUUAAGGACUCUGGACUGGAUUAGGAUUCAAAUCUGGACUGGUAUCUAAUGUAGAAAUCUGGACUGGAUUAAGGACUCUGGACUGGAUUCGGAUUAAAAUCUGGACUGGAUUCGGGACUUUGGACUGGAUUCGGAUUCAAAUCUGGACUGAAAUCUAAUGUGGAAAUCUGGACUGGAUUUAGGACUCUGGACUGGAUUCGGAUUACAAUCUGGACUAGAAUCUAAUGUGGAAAUCUGGACUGGAUUCAAAACUCUGGACUGGAGCCUUAUUCAAAUCUGGACGUAAAUACAAUGUGGAAAUCAGGACUGGAUUCAGAACUCCGGACUGGGAUCAGAUUCAAAUCUGGACUGAAAUCUAAUGUGGAAAUCUGGACUAGAUUCAGAACUGAUGGUGGGGCUGGAAUUUUGAAAACCACCGAACUCCAAAGCAUUUCUAUGUGACUGCAAAAUGAAAAUGACAAAAAAAACUAACCCCCCCGCCCCCAUCCAUGAUGAAAUUCCUGCUUGCAUUGCCUGUUUAAACCAUCCUCGUUAAUGUUUUCUAGAUGUUUAAUUGGAACUGAGAUCUGCUGUACAGUCUGUUUCUGGUCAAAGUUUGCGUUGUACCCAAUUGCUGGCAAAUGCUUCUUCGUGCUGUGCUGUAAGACAUUUCACAGAAUAGAGAGUGGUGGUUUUUGUCACUGUUUUAUUGCGGGCUGCCAAAUGGAAUGAACAUUUUUAUAAAUACCACUUGAAAUAAAAAUGAUUAUGUUGAAGCUG